UCUUUUCAAUUUAUUUUCAGUUUUAUACCAAAAAUUGGUGGAAUUAAGCUAAAAUUUACUGUUUUUGUAGCUGCAAAAAGGGAUUUUAGGGUCAGAAAAAGCAGAAAAGAAGUGAUUUUAUGUCGGCAAGCUUAUUGAAGCUCUGGAUUUCUUUUGCUCUGUUUUUCUGCUGGUUUAUUCAGCAGAGUUUGAUGCGUUUGAAGCCAAAAAGGAAUUGUUCUGGAUUUGGGUUUUUUUGGCCGUUUGGUUACAGAGCAUCCCCUGUUUUCCCCUGUUUCUAAAUAUUUUAUAAAUUUUUCCGGUGAAAAAUGCCGGAAAAUCAAGAAACCGUUUCCGGCAAGAAACCCAGAAGGAGGAGAAAGAUAACAAACGAAACCAAUAAUAUUAUGAGAACUGUUAGGAUCUUCUGUCAUGAUCCGGAUAUGACAGAUUCGUCAGAUGAUGAUGGGCCUAAUGGGCCCGUUAGACCCAAUAGGCCCAAGAGUAAGACGAUUGUUCGGGAAAUCAAGAUUCCGAUGAUCACUCCGGGGACCGGUUCAUGUCAAGAUAGCAGCAUUAGUCAGAAGAAUUCGUUAAAACCGAAAAAGGGUUUCAGGCGACCGGCGAGUCAACCCCGGAUAACAUCCGGGUCGAAGUACCGCGGUGUCCGGCUCAGGGAGUCGGGGAACUGGGCCGCGGAGAUCCGCGACCCGUUUAAGAAAAUGCGGGUUUGGCUCGGGACGUUUAGGACUCCGGAAGAGGCUUCUCAAGCUUAUGAAGUAAAGAAACUCGAGUUUGAAAGAAUGGCGGAAUCGUUAGGGAUUCCGCCUAACAAAGUGAAAAAACCGGCUUCUGAUGAGAAGAAGCCGGUUGUUUCGGAGGAAUCUGUUGGGUUAAUCGCGCACGCGUCACCGUCGUCUGUUCUUGAAAGGGAAUCAAGAAUCUUUAUUAAUGAUAACAAAAAGAUGGAACCUUUUAUCGACGAGUCGCUAGAUGUGUUGUCGGAUAUCGGGGUUCUUGAACCGGUGGACGAGGGUUUGUCACUAGCCGAAAUGAGUAAUGAUUUGGACCUCGGGUUGGAACUUGGGGCGCAGUUUCUCGACAGUUUAGUGCCACCAUUAGACGGGUUCGGGUGCAUUGAUGAUUUCCCGCUUUGUGGGCUCGGUGAUGGGCCGAGUGAUUUGCCCGAUUGGGAUUUUGGCGAGUUGAACAACGAAGAACUUGCUUGGAUCAACACGUUAAGAUUUGACGACCCGUUAAACUGCGAUCAGCUCCGCAGUUGUCGAUGAGUUUUGCAGCUAGUAAUUAACUAUUUAAUUGGUAAUUAUUAUUAUUAAUUAUUAUUAUUAUUAAUUUAUAUUAAGCAGUUUUAGCGUCUAAUAGUUUUGGAGAGGAUUCUAAUUUAAGGACAGAAAAUGGUUAAUUUUUUUGUUUAAA